AUGUCUACCAAAUACGCUCUUGUCUCUCUGCCGCUUGGCAUCUUCGACUCCAGCGACAAGGAAGAGGCCGUGGCCUCCCUAAGCGCCACCAUCUCGCCCGAGAACGGCAACGUCCGCCCUUUCAACAUCCCCGAUUUCAAAAUCGGCACUCUGGAUGCCUUGGUUCAACAAGCCGAUGACCUAGCCAAACUGGAAUCUACAUGUGGGACCGUCGUUGCUAAGGUGGCUGACUCCUUGAAAUCGAUUCUUGACGGCGAUGAGGACAAAAUCUCCCAGCAGAAGAUGGUCAAUGACAAGCCCACCGAUCAAUACAUUAGCUCUUUCUCCUGGAAUAGAGUCCGAUACCGCGCCGACAAGUCUCUGAGUGAACUUGUGGAUAUUUUACAAAAGGAAUUAAUCACCACCGACAACGACGUCAAGAGCAAGUUCAACCAGUAUAACUCAGUUAAGACAAACUUCACCACGCUACAACGCAAGCAAACUGGCAACCUCGCGACCAAGUCCCUUACUCCCGUUGUUGAUCCAGCACUGCUCAUCCAGGAUUCCGAAUACCUCGAGACGCACCUAAUCGUUGUACCGAACAACGCGAAGAAGGAUUUCUUGAGAAGCUAUGAAACAUUGGCACCGAUGGUCGUUCCCCGCUCCGCCGUCCAAGUUGCCUCCGAUGAAGAGUUUACCUUGUUUGCCGCCACAGCCUUCAAGAAACACAGCGCCGAAUUCCUACAAAAAUGUCGUGAGCAAAAGUGGACACCGCGUCAGUAUAAGUACGUCGAGGGCGGCAAAGAAGAGGAACAGCGCGAGCUCGAUCGAGUAGCUCGCGAGGAGAAAAAGACAUGGGGAGAAGCCUUGAGGAUUGGCCGGACUGGUUGGAGCGAGAGUGUGAUGAUCUGGUUACACGUGCUUGCACUACGCGUGUUCGUGGAGGCAGUACUUCGCUAUGGACUUCCCCUCGACUACGUCAGUGUCCUUGUCAAGACCAAUUCGAAACUGUGCAAGAAAGUCAAGACUGCACUCGACUCCAAUUACUCGUAUCUGGGAGGCAACGCCUUUGGGAGAGACAAGCGCGGUAAGAUCACCAAGGAUGACGCAAUGUUAUCUUCCGAGAUGGCCGCGGCUGGUUUGGGCGGAGGUGAGGGCCAUGAGUACACAGCCUAUGUGUACUACGAGUUCGACUUUCCCUGA